AUGAGGGCAGCCAAGCUGGAGCCCAAUGCCACCCUCAGCUACAGCGCUGUGACCAGCGCGUGCGGGAAGGGCAUGCAGUGGCGUCGGGCUCUGGCGCUGCACAGCGAGAUGUUGCAGGCGAAGCUGGAUUCUCACGUCGUCAGCUGCAACGCUGUGAUCAGCGCGUGCGAGAAGGGCGAGCAGUGGCAGUGGGCCCUGGCGCUGCUCAGCGAGAUGUGGGAAGCGAAGCUCGAGCCAGACUCAGCUACAGCGCCAAGAUCAGCGCGUGCGAGAAAGGUGGGGAGUGGCAGAGGGCUUUGUCGCUGCUCAGCGAGAUGUGGGAGGCGAAGCUCGAUCCAAACGUCAUCAGCUACAGCGCUGGCAUCAGCGCGUGCGCGCAGGGCCGGCAAUGGCAGUGGGCUUUGGCGCUCGUUGGCGAGAUGCGGGAGGCAAAGCUGGAGCCUGCAGCAAUCUUCUAAGCUACAGCGCUGCCAUCAGCGCGUGCGAGAAGGGCCAGCAGUGGCAGUGGGCUCUGGCACUGCUAAGCGAGAUGGAGACAAAGUUGGAGCUCGACAUGAUUUCAGCUACAGCGCCGUGAUCAGCGCGUGCGAGAAGGGCAGGCAGUGGCAAAGGGCCUUGGCGCUGCUCGGCGAGAUGCGUGAAGCGAAAGUUGAGCCCAACUCACCCACACCGCUGCUAUCAGCGCGUGCGAAAAGGGCGAGCAGUGGCAGCGGGCUCUUUGGCUGCUUGGUGAGAUGCGGAACGCGAACCUGGAGCCCGACGUCACCUCUCAGCUACAGCGCUUGCAUCAGCGCCUGCGAGAACAGCAACCAGUGGAAACAGGCUCUGUUGCUUCUCAGCGAGAUAGAGGCGAAGUUGUAG